AUGGCGGACGACAUGCGAGCACUCCGCUCUUUUGUAACGGCCAUGGACGGCCAUCAAUAUGAUAAUAUUCCCAAAGGUGUUGUAUGUUUACUCAUCACUCAUAGCAAUCUUAAGUUGCAGAUGGUGGAUAUCCGACUGGACUUGCAUAGCACCAUUGGAGAGCUGCGUCACAAGAUCUAUCAACACACUGGAACCAAGCCAGAUGCUAUGGAGCUACUGAUUAUGCACAGCGAUGGUUCUGUAUACAGUCGUCUAGAUGAUGAUCAGAAAAAGCUUGGAUUUUAUAGUGUACAGAAUGGUAUGCGGCUGCAUGUGGUCGACAAGGAUCCGUUCUCGCUCUCGAGAGGAGGUGGUCUUGAGGACGUCUCGCUUGUCAAGAAGUACGAGAUCUCGGAAGAAGACUACAACAUGCGCGAGAAGACUGUGCGUGCGUACAAGAGAGAGCAACUCGCCAAGGACCCCAAGUGGAAGCCCAAGCCCAUGAUGAACGUCGCUAAACCUGCUGCAGAUCCGUCUACAUUUCCAGACUCAGAGAGUGUUGCAAAUAUGAAGUUCGACGAGCCCGUUGGCAAAGGCAACGGUUCAGUCAAGGGUGUAACGUAUUUCAAGUGCAAGAACAAGUACGGUGGCUUUGUGCGUCCGCACAACGUGGUAGUGGGUGACUUUCAGGUGCUCGACCCAUUUGCUGACAUGUCAGACGACGAUGACGAGCUGUAG